GUUCUAACCGGUCCGGGGCUCCCAGCGCUAUAAAAACUUUAUAAACCCCCCGGAGCCCGAGCAGUGUGAAGAAGAAGCGAGGACGACCCCCGGACCGACCAAAGCCGCACGCCGCCGCAUCCCCGCGUUCAGCGCCUACAUCCCUCCCCCCCCUCGCUGCCGCCAUGCCCAAAAGAAAGGCUGAAGGGGAUGCUAAAGGAGAUAAAGCCAAGGUGAAGGACGAACCACAGAGAAGAUCCGCAAGGUUAUCUGCUAAACCUGCUCCUCCAAAGCCAGAGCCCAAGCCUAAAAAGACCCCUGCAAAGAAGGGAGAGAAGGUACCCAAAGGGAAAAAGGGAAAAGCUGACGCUGGCAAGGAGGGAAAUAACCCUGCAGAAAACGGAGAUGCCAAAACAGACCAGGCACAGAAAGCCGAAGGUGCCGGAGAUGCCAAGUGAAGUGUGUGCAUUUUUGAUAACUGUGUACUUCUGGUGACUGUACAGUUUGAAAUACUAUUUUUUAUCAAGUUUUAUAAAAAUGCAGAAUUUUGUUUUACUUUUUUUUUUUUUAAAGCUAUGUUGUUAGCACACAGAACACUUCAUUGUUUUGGGGGGAGGGGGUGGAACAAGUGUCACUAACAGAAGGUCUCCCAAGCUGGAGUGAUGGGAAAACACCUUUCCCUGCUAGUUUUGAAAGAUUCCCCUUGGCUCUGGGGAGGAGGGAUUCCCUUGUGUUGACACAGUAGCCAACCUUGGCACAGAUGCCUCAUGGCAUGUGAAAACUCAAAAGUCCAUUUUUAUGUUCUGCCCUCCACCAUCAGCAUAGACUUAACUCCCUUAAAACCAGAGACCUGUUGGGACCUGACCCCUUCACACUGGUUCUGCCAGUGUGUCAGAUGACCUGGACUUUGCAUUGACAUCACUGAGAUGACGGUGUUCCUCUCAAGAGCUGUGGUACCUUUUCUAAAAGAUUGUGGAUUUUUCAGAUUAAUAAUCCUUCCAUUUUCAUUUCAUUUCCUGAAAGUCAGGGUCGGCUUGUGAAAAGUUGUUAAAACAACAUGCUCAAUGUGAAAUGUCAACCCUCACUCUAAACUCCCCUGUUCCGAGCAUCACAUGAAGACUUCAUUGGAUUUUAUAGUGGCUUUCUGAUUUUGGUAGUCCAUACAAGAAGGGAGUUUGAAAGUUCUUGUAUACUGUUACUGAGUGUCUGCCCAUGUCCUGCCUGAAAUACCAUGAUUGUUUAUGAAAAGUAUCUUUAAUAAAGCUGGAUACAGUUUGGCUUGGAA